AUGAAUGAAAUUGAUUUAAUUAAAGAGGUAGAGAAACGUCCGAUUUUGUACGACAAAUCAGUGAGUGGUUUUAAUAAAACAAAGUUGAGGGAUGACGCCUGGAAGGAGGUUCAGGAAGCGUUGAACGUGUCAGAAGCCGAAUGUAAAAAGCGAUGGCGUUCAUUGCGGGAUUCCUUCAUAAAACUGCAGCGGACUCACGGUGGCCGCACGCGUUGGCCAUACCACAAUGCCAUGAGGUUCCUAUUACCGCAUGUAGAACCGAAAUCUGAAUCUUCAACAAAACGAGAAACCUCUGACUCGGAACCAGAAGAAGAAGUCCGUCACCGUCCAGGUCAAUCUCUUCCUGAUCUCUUUUUAGAACCGCGACUAGAGGAUGAAGAUGACUUUCAGCCGAAGAAACCUCGACUGAACUCCUCUGAUGAUGAGCUUCAGAGAACAGACCCGGAUGAGCUAUUCCUAUUAAGUUGCGCGUCGACCCUCAAAAGACUUAAUGCCAAGCAAAAUGCUGUAGCUAGACUUAAAAUACAACAGGUACUAUAUGAAGCUGAAUUCGGCACUCAAAUGGAGCUUCCAUACGUUACUCCGGCCAGCGAUUGUGAUUAUGAAAACGUUGACGGUUCAGUUGAAUAA